CGCUGCGCUGCGGGGAGACCCGGUUCCCGCGGUGGCCGAGGCCAGGGCUGGGGCUUCGCUGUGGUGCGGGGCCCGUCCCCUCCCCUCCCCGGGCAACAUGAGGUGCAGCCGCCGUGCGGGCACGCCGGGCUGGGCUGGUUGUCAAUGAAGAGUGGAGAAAUGGCUAAACUGACCCAGUUAAUUGACAAUGACGUCUUUCGGGCUUAUGCUACAUAUGCAACUAUUGUUCUUCUAAAAAUGAUGUUAAUGAGUCUUGUAACAGCGUACUUCAGAAUCACAAGGAAGGCAUUUGUCAACCCAGAAGAUGUAGCAUCAUUUGGAAAAGGUGAGACUGCUAAAAAAUAUCUGCGGACUGAUCAAGAUGUCGAACGUGUACGCAGGGGCCACCUGAACGACCUUGAAAAUAUUGUCCCAUUUCUCGGCAUUGGACUGCUGUAUGCUCUUAGCAGCCCUGAGCUGUCCACAGCCUUGCUUCAUUUCAGGAUCUUCACUGGGGCAAGGAUCAUUCACACUUUUGCAUACUUGAUCCCUCUUCCCCAGCCCGGCAGAGGUUUGUCUUGGGCAGUUGGGUAUGCAGUGACUAUAUCCAUGGCAUACAAAGUGCUGAAGACGUCUUUGUACCUGUAGCAGAGUCGUAGCUUCUGUGUACCAUUCCACUCAGUUUCCAGCUGAUAUCUUGAAUGAGUCUUCUGUGGUGACUGGAAUUCGUUUUUUAAGAGAGGCUUUUACUACCUGUUCAGAAAUAUUUCUUUUUGGAGGAAAAAAGCAUUCCUUCUCCCUGUAUUCCCUAUUCACGUGCUGCAUUGCCAACAUAUAUUGAAUCUUCCCCUUGUGAUUUGCCAAGUGCUUAUGAUUCUAAACAUGUGAUGAUGCUGUAUUGAUAGCAUGUGGGGUAAUUUUCUACAGAUGCACUAUUUUUGGCCAUAGCUUUGAAGUCUAAAUCAAUAAAGACAAGAGGAAAAAAAAGCAUGUUUGUAUUUUUGUUUUCAUUUUAACUCUUCUCACUGCAGCCAGCAAAUAGCAUGUCACUAUGUAUCAGAAGAGAUUCCAAUCAUACAGUUCUUUGAAGAAUGCUUACCUUAAUAAUAAGAUCUAACCAACAAUGGUAGGCUUGUUGUAAAAAAUCUUUGAUGAAAUUGUUAUUUGUAUAAUCCACUUUAGAUAGGUUUAAAAAACCCAAGGCAUUGCAGCUCCAUUUCUCUCAGCUGAAUAUAUUCAAAAGAAGAAAAGUAUUUUGACUAAAACCUAUUUAGUGACACUGAUGAAAGUUACUCCAAACACAGAUUUGUGACUGACCCUUUGUAGAAGUAGUUUUUUAAUUUUUUGAAUAAAUUCAGCAAAAAAUGACUGACACUUUUAAAUGUAUGUAUCAAAUAAUUAAAAUGUGAUUAUAUAAUUA